AUGACACAUGUGUUUUUAAAAAUCAAAUUCACUACCAAAAUUGAUGUUCCUGGAGCAUAAACCAUCAAUAAUUUUCAAAUUAAUAUAACUGAACCCUCCUUAUACAUAGAAGCAUACUCAUUUGAAUUACUCAAUCGAUAUGUUUUAAGAAUUCAAACUUAUAAAUUUAUGAAUCCAAAUUAUUUUCAUUAUAAAUUUGUUGAAUUAGGUCAAGUGAUUAUUGAAAUCCUAAAGAGUCCUUCUCCUUAUUUUUGGAAAAAUAUCCAUUCAAAUAUCAUGUACAAUCCCCCAAAUCAAUAUAUUUGGUGGGAUAUGUAUUAUUAAUAUCGAGGGUAAUUAGAAGUGGCAUUUGGAUUAUUAGAAGAUACUGAAAAUAAAAGAGAAGAAUUGGAAAGACAAAAGCUAUCAGAAGACCUAAAGAUGAGAGAAAGCAAAAAAUAAUAUAAAAAAAUAAAAGAGGACAAUUAAGAGUAUUGCGCUCCUUUAAAUGGCGAUGAAUGGUCAAGUUGGAAUAUUUGA